UCCGACCAAUAGGAAGCGGGGUAGCCUUUGGAGGCCGAGUUGGUCGCGCGUUUUGCCAUGGAGGCCUCGGAAGUGGAGUUCCUGGCCGAGCAAGAACCGGUCACCAUCAUCCCCAACUUCAGCCUCGACCGGAUUUACCUCAUUGGGGGAGACCUGGGUCCCUUCAAUCCUGGGCUUCCUGUGCAAGUUCCUCUCUGGCUGGCUAUCAACCUGAAACAGAGGCAGAAGUGCCGCUUGAUACCUCCUGAGUGGAUGGAUGUGGAAAAGCUGGAGCAAAUCCGAGAGCAAGAGCGUAAUGAAGCUACUUUUACCCCAAUGCCUAGUCCUUACUACAUGGAAUUCACCAAAUUGCUAUUGAACUAUGCCGCGGACAAUAUUCCAAAGGCAGAUGAGAUCCGGACGCUGGUUAAGGAUACGUGGGACACUCGAAUAGCAAAGCUCCGGUUGUCUGCAGAUAGCUUUGUCAGGCAGCAGGAAGCUCAUGCCAGGCUGGAUAAUCUGACUCUGAUGGAGAUCAACACCACGGGCCCUUUCCUCACACAAGCUUUAGAUCACAUGUACAAGCUCCGCACAAACCUUCAGCCUGGAGGGAGUGCCCAGUCUCAGGACUUUUGACUGCAGAAAUCUUCUGUGCGCUGUCUUUCUGAUAUUCUCUUACUGAGAAAUCUUUCCUGCGGAUGAAUUACAUGUAUGCUAUUAUAUACUUUUGGUUGUCUUACAAAAUUACCUGAAAGCAAAAAUGACUUUGUCUCAAAUUUUGAAUCAGUAUUUGAUAGUGUGUUGUCGAAGGCUUUCAUGGCCAGAAUCACAGGGUUGCUAUGAGUUUUCCGGGCUGUCUGGUCAUGUUCCAGAAGCAUUCUCUCCGGAUGUUUCACCCACAUCUAUGGCAGGCAUCCUCUGAGGUUGUGAGGUUUGUUGGUAACUAGGCAAGUCGGGUUUAUAUAUUCUUUCUCCCAGGUUGGGAGAAAGAACUCUUGUCUGUUUGUCCUGAUAUGGUCAAAAGUGACUAAUCAAUAAAGAAUUGUUGUUGUUGUUGACUCUUGUCUGUUGGAGGGAAGUGUGAAUGUUGCACGUAAUCACCUUGAUUAGUAUUGAAUAGUCUUGCAACUUCAAAGCCUGCCUGCUUCCUGCCUGGGGGAAUCCUAUCUGGUACUACGGCACUGCAAACUUAAUUUGGCAAGAUUAGUUUGCAGUGUCGUCGUACCAGGUAGGAUUCUUGCAAAAUUGGUUUGCGGUGUCAUAGUGCAGUGCAAAAAAAAUGUUUUCGGUGUUGUAGUACCAGAUAGGAUUCCCCCCCAGGCAGGAAGCAGCCAGGCUUCGAAGCUGCAAGGCCAUUCAACACUAAUCAAGUUGGCCAAUAAUAAUAAUAAUAAUAAUAAUAACAACAACAACAACUUUAUUUUUAUACUCCGCCCCAUCUCCCCGGAGGGACUCGGAGAGGCAAUUGCAACAUUCACACUUGCCUUAGGCAGACAAGUUCUUUCUCCCAUCCCAAAUGUUAUUCCACAGAUAUAUAAACUCCACUCGCCCAGUUUCCAACAGAUCUCACAACCUCUGAGGAUGCUUGCUUUAGAUGUGGGCGAAACGUCAGGAGAGGAUGCUUCUAGGACAUGGCCAUACAGGCCGGAAAACUCACAGCAACCCAGCAUUUGGUAGUAUUUGUGAGCAAAGUAGUCCAGUGCUCAGUCUGCAGCAUGGUACCUGCAGGGUUCCUUGGAAUUGGUUCAGUUAAAGGAGCAUGUGAAUGUCCUCAGCAAACUGAUGUUCUGGCGCAGCAGUGCUCCAGGUACCUGCCUCCGCCGCUGUCACUUCAAGACAAAUUGGCUGGAGUUCUUCAUGGUCUUCUGUGUUGGAUUGUUUAAUUCUUUUGUCAUAAACCAGAAGGAGGAAACAAAUUGGUCUUCCCUCUGAUGGCUCCAGUUCCUCAGUGGGCCCUUAUCUUCUGAAGCCUCCAAGAAGGAAUGACAGAGCGAGUCUAUUUUAAACCCUUGGCUGCACAGCACUGCUGUGGGCCUGUCUCAAAGUGAUACGUUACUGCUAAGCCAUCUUUCAAGGAGGGCACACUGCUUCGACCUACUUUAGCCUGAGUGUUAGCUGUUCUUAAGUGUAUUUUUUUGUAUUUUCAUGUCAGCAACACUUUUAAUGCACUGCUUUAUGCAUAUGUGUGUUGGCUAAGAGAGAGGAGGAAACAGAUCUACACAAACAAGGAACUAUCACUCAAUUUGGUUUCCCAUAUCUGCGUUUUAUCCAUCUUGAAGAUUGUCUUGGCUGUGCUUAAGCCCCCUGCUUAUUUCAGCUGGAUCUCAUUUUAAUUGUAUAGUUAUUCAUUGGCUGGCAGUGCUCAGUCUAUCACUCAUAUGUGAGUGUUGUUAGUGGUCUGGAUUAUGAUUUAUGGAAGGCAAUAUAUUAGACAUGUGCUGCUUAAAUACUGCUGCAUUGGCAAGUGAAAAUGAGACCGUAAUGAAGAGCUGCCUUGUGUUGUUGAAGGCUUUCACGUCCGAAAUCACUGGGUUGCUGUGAGUUUACCGGGCUGUAUGGCCAUGUUCUAGAAGCAUUCUCUCCUGACGUUUCGCCCACAUCUAUGGCAGGCAUCUUCAGAGGUUGAGGUCUGUUGGAAACAAGGCAAGUGGGGUUUAUAUAUCUGUGGAAUAAUGUCUAAGGUGGGAAAAAGAACUUGUCUGUUUGAGUCAAGUGUGAAUGAUGCAAUUGGCCACUUUGAUUUGCAUUGAAUGGCCUUAUGGCUUCAAAGCCUGGCUGCCUCCUGCCUGGGGAAAUCCUAUCUGGUACUAUGACACUGAAAACUAAUUUUUCAGUGUAUUACGGCACCGCAAACUAAUUUUGCAAGAAUCCUAUCUGGUACUACGACACUGCAAACUAACCUUGCAAAAUUAAUUUGCAGUGUCGUAGUAUAGGGCUUUCUGGCUGCUUCCUGCCUGGGGGAAUCCCUGGACUUUCCACAGAUAUAUAAAUCCCACUUGCCUAGUUUCCAAUAUACCUCACAACCUCCGAGGAUGCCUGCUACAGAUGUGGGCAAAACAUCAGGAGAGAAUGCUUCUGGAACACAGCCAUACAGCCCGGAAAACUCACAGCAACCAAGAGGUGCCUUGCUUAAAGUUUUAAGUGAAUUCCACCUGCUGGAUAUUGCUGAUUGAAAAAAGGGGCUCUUUAAAAAAUGUAGCUUUCCAAGUAUUUUGAUAUUUUUAACUGAAAUUUGUCAAAAUGUAAAUAAAACAAUAGAUGUUCAGAAUGCAAAAAA